AUGAUGCGCGUGGGCGGUCGCGUGCGCGCCGGCGCCGGCUACGGCGCACUCCCGCGCCUGUUCUGCCUCUACUUGGCGAUCCAAACAGUCGCGACCAACGAGUACGGAGUGCCUAUAGAAAUCAAAUUAUGGGAUACAGGCCGAACACCCCUUGCUCACAUGGUGGAUGUUACCAACGGGUUUGGCUUAAAAGUGCUUGCGGAACACAACUUUUUGAACGAUAACAACAUCGCGUUCUCCCCCUAUGGUUUAAUGGGAAUACUAGUGGCCCUCUACGAGGGAAUUGAUGGAGAAUCUUCCUACCAGCUCCAGCGGGCGAUGCAGUUACCUUGGAAUAGGAAUGUGAUGCGGAUAGGUUUCAGAGAUAUCCAUCGGACGUUGAAAACAUACUUCGUGCCAGAAGAAGGCUUCCUCGCCGGUUUAGCAUUGAAUAAUGAAAAUGUGACCUUCAACGAAGGUUACAAGAAAGUGCUGCGUUUCUAUGGCUUCGAUUUGGAUAAUAACGAUCAGCUGCCAACACUGGCACCCACUAACGGCACUAAUGAGACUACAACUACUAUGCCGCCCGCGAUGACCUCAGAGGCUACUACAACACCAGAAAUUGCUUCAACACAAGCAAGAGAAGAUCCAUCUACGAACCCAAAUGCGGAAACUUUAAGCGACGUUGAUAUCCGAGGGCCGACACCUACCACUGCUAGUCCGUCUUCAGCUCCCAACUCCGAAACUACUACUGCUAUGAUGCCGAAUACAGAAGCAGCACAACCUACCACAGCAACAAUGCCACAAACAACAGAAAUGGUAGAAACUACAACACCAGCAGCAACAUCGACGUCCGCUCCAACCACAACUACAGAAGCACCGACGGCUGAAGAAACUACCGCGACUUCGACGACUGCUGCUCAGACGGAAACCGAGUCAAUUCCACCUCAAAUGUCGUCUACAGUAGCGUUAAGUGAUGAGCCUACAGCAAACAAUGAAGUGGAUGGAGCAACGUCAGAUAUGCCCGCCACCGGAAGCACAACUGCUGAAGUUACUACAGUCACAUCGACAACAGUUGGGGAAACAACUCAAACAACUGAAACACCUGCACCUGAAAUGACUGAAGCAGUAACUGAAAAUGCUGCAUCCACAAUGGCUGAAACACAAACUGAAAUGACCACUACGACUACAUCAGGAGAUGCUGAGACUACUUUAAUUAAUGAAUCAACGCUAGAAACGCUUCAACGGCGAAAAAAAUCAAUCGUAGACUUUAUAUUCACGAAUCCGCCUUAUGUUGACGACUAUCUAUUUCAUAGGUCGUUUGAUAUACCCAUACCUCCAGACCAAGCAAAUCCUGAUUACGAUGGCAACACGAUGUUUUUAGCAAAUGGACUGCGUAAUGUACAGGUAACCUACAUGCAUUACGACACGAUCCUCGAGCAUGCCUACCUUCCCCAUUUGGAGGCUUCUGCCCUCCGCCUGCCUCUGGACAGCGAGCGUUACUACCUCCUAGUAGUGCUGCCCACCCGAGGCGGAGCCCCAGAGCUAGGCCGCCUCCUCGCUAGGAUGGCGCGGGAGUCGGAUCUCUCGGACAUCUGCUCCGCGCUGCGCCCACGCCGAGUCCGAGCCAUCGUGCCUAGUUUCACGGUCAAAGGACACGUCACUCUCACUACUGAUUUGCAAAAGCUCGGCAUCCGUGAUGUGUUCGAGCCGCGGCAGCGCGACUUCACGCCCAUGACGCACCAGGGUGGAGUCUAUGUGCGGAGCAUCGAGCAGGCUGUCUCUGUAGCUAUCCGGAAGUACCGCGCCACCGACGCCAAUAGCGGCAAGUACAUAACCAACCGGCACCCCGUGGCGUUUUCGGCGACGUAUCCGUUCCUGUACUUCGUGAUGGAUUCCACGAUCCACGUGUCUCUGAUGGCUGGCAAGAUGGUGGACCCGCUCAACUCCAGGAUAUUAUAGUCAUUGUUCUAUACAAAUUUUACGUUUCUUUUAUUUACGAAACUUCCUCCUCGUGUUUCUUGA